AUGAGAGAUGAUACAGUUUCUGCAGUCCAUGUGCAGGAUCGUACAACACAGUCUCUUCAGCUCCAGGAUCUUUCAUUAGCAGAACCUUUUAAGUCAGGGAUAAGGGAUACCAAGAACAUUUACAAACCUGUGAACAAAGAAAAGGGCAGAACAAUAGUAGAUACUGGACUAAGAAAAAAGAGCACUCACAGCAAAAACAAGGAAGAUGCAGAAAAGGAGGACAUUCCUGAUCCCAGUCCUCCACAGCGAAUGUUAGCAUUUUUUACUUUUCAGCUUUUAGAAUGCUUUAAAGUCAGGUUUGAUUCUUGGGGUUAUUUUUCUCCUUUGAAAAAACAGGUGCUGCAUUCAUGUUCCCAUGUACUCCAUAAAGCAUGCCUGGAAACCUUUGGAAAAUUUACAGGCAAAAAUUGUCCUGUGUGCAGAAAAGAGCAGUAUCGGACCAGAGUGAUACACGAUGUGGCAUGCUUGGUUAAAAUAAAGUGUGCUAUUAGGUAAGCCUUACUUCUGCUACAGGUAUGUCACUGGACAGGAUACAUUGUUAGAAAACUGUAGAAAGACUUGAAAGAAACAGUGCCUCCUAAGGAUAGUAUAUUAAGAAAGCGAUUAUUUGAGAAAAAGUUUUGUUGCAUUUGCUUCCUUGGUCUGUUUCUUUCGUGUGAUUCACCUCCCUUAAAUCAGAACUCCUAA